CUACGCUGGGACACGUUUGUUUUAUUAAGUUGCUUAUGCCAUUAAUAUAGCAAACCCUGCGCUCUACUUUUCACCGCUGGAUUAUACUGUGCGUAUUAGUUCUUAUUCCUGAAAGUGGCAUUUGUGAAAUCGCAUUUUUUCUAUGUUUCUGUGAACACAAUACGGAUAUAUUCACACUCUUACACUCUGCCAUACUACAUUGCCUGGUAUUCUACGCAGUGUUGAGAGGUUGGCUUUACACUGAAUCGCGAGGGGCUCUGGGUAACUGUUACCGAAUUCUCUGAGAAGACAAUGCCUUGCAUUCCAUCUGUAUACCUGUGGACGCCUGCAUACGGAGAAGAGUCUCGUUUUGAGCACUUUUGCAGUUUCGUUCGUGUCUCCGUUGAAUGCACAGUUUGAUUUUGUCGAUAGACAGCUUCAGCACCACAUCUCUGAACAGCUCUCGUUUCCCUUCGGCGCAUUUUUCCCCGGUCUGGAUGGGCGCUAUUUGUCCCUGUCUUUCAUAUAGCUCUUAACUGCUGGCGACUGUUUGCAAUGGCAUCACACGGAUUUUGGGGUCUUGGUGCGCCGGAGAAUGCUGGUGAUAAUACCAGCAACCAAAGCCCAACUACGCGUGAGUAUUAUCGGCUUGAGCCCUUAAAGGGAAAAUGAAAUAGCCUAUUUGGUUGGAUAAAUCAACGUUUAAUGCUUGCAAACAAUAACUCGCAUAAACAAUGUAUUCAGGCUACCAGGAUAACUGUGGCUUAACAAUGACCGGUAGACGAUGUCACGUAUUUUUUAUGUCAGGCAAAUAGCCCCUAGACAAGAUGGGCUUAGUCAAGGUUAAGACGACUUUAAAAAAUGUUGAUAAACUGCUAGUAGCCCUAUCAUUGUGAAUUUGGUAGCCUAAUACAGCGUAUUAUGUUCAUGUGAGGCUGUGUUCACCUUGUUUCAGCACGUUUUUUUCUGAAUAUUUGUAAGUUACACAGAGCCUGAAUAUAGCCCAUUAUUCAUCCGUCUUUGACUUGAUCUCUCCAGCCAGGGCAUGGUGCCAGGCGGCGGCCCAAAAAUUACCUGGAGGCAUUGGAUCGAAACUGUGUGGUAGGUUGGUUCUGGAAAAGAAAAAACACUAUAAUCUGCAUAUUAGCAUAGCCUAUAUGAAGCAAUAUAACAUUGUCGCAACAUAUUCAUUGCUUAUCAUGCAUUGAAUUGUUUCCUCUUUUUCUGAAUUUUAUGAACUGAAACAAACAUUUAAAGCUCUACUCAGUGUUGCUGGAGAGGGCGAGAAACCAUCCGAGCCGACAUCUGCCAAACUGGAUGAGACAACGGUUGGGACCUGCGGAUGCAAUAAACCGUGCAAUUGUCUAAAGGCGACUGAGGCGACUGUCGGGUUCUCAGAUCUAUAUUCAACAGGUAGGCCUAUAAACAUGAUAGGCCUACAUUGAUACAUUUUUCACAUACGAAAUCGUGAUAUGUGUGGCCUACCCGAAUGAUGGACAUUCAUAUGAAACACAGAGUCACCUUCAACAAAUUCCACAAGAAGCCUAUUUUAAAAACCCAAGUAAACAUACUGACUUAUAGACCUAUUUUUUUAAACAGAAAAUGUGUUAUAUUUUCUAUUUACAUAUAAUUAAUUUAGGUUAGUCAUUAUCACUUUGAAACAAUAUAAUAUAAUAGUCGAUGGCCUUAUGUAUCUGGUGUAAAUGUGUAGCCUAUUAUUUCCUAAUAGGUCUACAGCUUAUACGCAUUUUCUCCUUACUUAAAUGUAGGCCUAUCUGUCCUUCAUUUUCAAGGUUAAAAUGACACGUUAUAGCUAAAAUUAUAAUUGCCUGCAUUUUAACAUUGAUUCACAGAUCUACUACCCGCGUUGGAUGGUGACAUGAAGACAAUGACUUUUCUCCAAGAAGUUGUGGAUAUUUUGCUGGCAUAUAUCACGGAAUCGUUUGAUAGGGAAACGAAAGUAAUUGAUUUCCACUAUCCCAAUGAAUUGCUUCAGAGAAACAACUGGGAACUGCAGGAUGAUCCAGAAACACUGGAUGAUAUAUUGAUAAGCUGUCGUGCAACGCUGAAAUACGCUAUCAAAACAGGUAUUAUAAGAUAUGUAUCUUUUGCAGCAAAAUGCUAAUUUCGCAGCUUUUUUGUGAGAGGAAAUGUACAAUUCAAAAUCAGUAUUGCCUGUCUGCCUGCUGUUUUACUCAGCCUAUAGCUAGCUAUAUGUUGUUGUUUUUUUCAUUCGUUUUGGGUCAAUAUAAACCAAAUGAAUUGCUAAAUGUUUUCUUCUGAAGAGUUGUCCCUGUUCAUAAAUUAGGCAUAGGGCUACCCCGGACGAAAAUUAAAGGGCUCAGUUGGUAGAGCAUGGCGCGUGCAACGCCAGGGUUGUGGGUUCGUUUCCCACGCGGGGCCAGUAUGAAACAUUUAUGCACUCACUAACUGUAAGUCGCUCUGGAUAAGAGCGUCUGCUAAAUGACUAAAAUGUUAAUUGUUUAAAAAUAUAUAUUAAUAGAUUGAGAUUAAAAGAUAAACCAGGCCUAUCCAGUGGCAUAUCCAAGAAAACAGACCUAGGUGUGUUUUCGUUACCUGCUUUUAUUUAGAAAAGUAUUAUCGAUGGUGUGUAUAGAUGGUGGAAAUCUAAUGUUUUUGAGAUCAUAAUCUGUUAAAUGUGCUAGGUCAUUUUUAUUCCCCGUGCCGCACUAUUCGGAUGAAGAAAGGCAUAAUAUAUGGAGCAAAUUGGAAAUGACAGGAUAUCCUUCCCCAAAAUCCAAUUUCCAAACGAAUUUGACAGUAUAAAUGCUAAAAUCACUAACAUGUUCCAUAUAGUAUCAAUGCUAAAAUCACUAACAUGUUCCAUAUAUGCUAUGCUAUUAUCCUCAUCAUGUUCCAUUUAAAAACUAAAACGAAUACCACAAGGGCUAGUGAGAUUACUAACAAAUGUUGAAACGUUUUGACAUCACCUUCUCUCUAAAAUGUUCUAGCAUGACCAUACAAGCUUAAUAGUUGUCACUCCAAGAACACACCACAACUGAAUUAAACUAUGAAGGAGCUACACACAGCCUUACAUGCCAAGCUGUGCCAAGUGGCAUAGGCACCAGAAUCACGUAAAAAGCAUAGUAUGGCAAACAGAAAAAUAGGAAAAUAUGCCUGACAUUUCCAAAAAGACCACUGACAAUUCUGUCAUCUCACACAAUUUCCUCUGCUUCUAGCCCACCCCAGAUACUUCAAUCAGCUCUCUACAGGAUUAGACAUGGUUGGUCUUGCAGCUGAUUGGCUAACGUCGACCGCAAACACCAACAUGUGAGUAUGACUAGCCCCAUCAUGAUUCAAAUGAUAAAACAUCAUAACAGUCAUUUCAAUUCCCGGACCAUCCAUAUGCAUUCUCUGCUGCGUCUUCUCACACUGAUAGUGAGGUCUCGCUCAACGAGAGCAUGUGACAUGGUUGAAAGGAAAGGCAGCACAGAAUUCAAUCCCGUAUUCAUUUAACCCCACACCCUACCUCCUUCCCUCCUUUGCUAUCCCCAUGGCAAUUCAAGGGGUGAAAAUUAGCAUUUCGGCUUGAUUCAGGCUAAUCGGAAGUUAAUUUCUGGCUGAGCGGGGGAUGAUAUAUACUGAGAGUCAUGGAUCAGUGAAAUAAGGGUUCUGCUGGCAGAAUUAAAUGCACUGAAUCCCCAAAAUGAAUACAUUUGUAAUCAAUUUGGAGUCAGACAUGCUGUAGUGUAGCAAGGCGUGUGUAUGAUGCAGAGAAUGUUGAACUGUUUUGUGAUGUAGAGAAAAAUGUUAUAUAUCGAGUAUUGCAUUUAACCUACAUAUAACUUCCAAUAACCUUUAUAAAUUCCACUGUGUUUGUGGUUGAAUUGCAAGUUAAUUGGCAAUCAAAUAAAGACUGUUGUACAUUGACAUCUACUGCUAUGUGCAUUCCAAUAAAACCAAAGUUUUGCUUUGUCUGUCUUGACUUUGAAAUACUUUGUCAGCUUCUGUGAGCUAUAUGACCCCAUCCCUCAUGCUAAACCUGAGCCCAUGAUAAACUGUUUCUCAAGCCAAAUCGGUUGUGAAACCAUAGAACUGCAGAGGGGGGAAAAGACAGACGCUAAAUCAUUUGUCUGUCGUGACGUUUGACUUUUCUCAUUUUUUGGGGUCUGGAUCCAUAUUUUGUGUAACUCAGUCAUGUGAUCUCUCUUGCGCAAUCCAGGUUCACCUAUGAGGUGGCUCCAGUGUUCGUGCUGCUGGAAUACGUCACUCUGAAGAAAAUGAGGGAGAUCAUUGGCUGGGAGGAUGGCCGAGGAGAUGGAAUAUUCUCUCCCGGUGCGUAGGUGACGCCAAUUAUAACCCCCCAUCAGAUUCACAGAAAAUGGGUUGGACCAUUUCCAGCGAAAUGUCAAUUUGCAUUUUGAUGACAAAAAUGGUAUACUUUACACAGUCAAUUAGCAUAAUACCACCUCCUCCCUUACAACAUAACGGUUGCUUUAAUUUCUCCUCGGGACUCUUGGUUGACAUAUAAAAAAACAAAAACAAAAAACAUAGGAGGUUAUAAUAACAGAGGCAAACUGAUGCUUUUUCACAAUUAAAUGGACAUGGAAAUAUAUAUUAUCAUCAUUGAAACGUAUUUCCUCAAAACAUUUAAGACAGAUUCUUCUGAGACAUGUAUGUUACCUAUACAUAACCCUUUCAUUUACUUUUAGUCCUGUGUUAAUGAAUAGCCAAAGCAUUAUCUUCCUGUGAAUUUUGACAUCUGAUGGCUGUACGAAAUUAUACUUACACACCACAAGUGAUUGAGGAGCUGUUGGUGCUUACACAAGUGAUUGAGCGGUGUGCUCUCCUCUCUCCUCUAGGUGGUGCCAUUUCCAAUAUGUAUGCCAUGCUGCUGGCUCGCUUCAAGAUGUUUCCUGAAGUGAAGGAGAAAGGAAUGUCAUCCGUCCCCAGACUGGCAGCCUUCACAUCCGAGCAUGUAGGCCCCCCUUUACCUUACUCAUGUCUUUAAUUUUCUCUUUAUUUCAAUUGUUAAUUCAUUCAUUUAUAAUUUUAUUAAUUUCUUGCUUUGACUUCCUUUUUUUUCCUCUCUUUUAUUUUCUUCUCUUUGUUGUGCAUUUAAUUUAGUUGCUUCAUAGUGAUGUUAUCCCAAUGUUUUGGUGAGGGAGUAGAAUUUGUAUGCUUUGUUCUUAGAUUACGUCAAAUUACAAGGAUCCAGCGUUCACUACUUAAAGAGGGUAAUGUUUGGCAAGGUGGGCUUCAGAAUCCCAAUUUGGCCCAGCUGUUCCAGCUGUUGGGCCAGCUGUUCCAUAUAAAGCCAGGUCACAUUUUUCCUCACUGAUGUAUUUAUGUUGUAGAAAAAGGGACUGACAUCUCAGCCAGUGGCACCCGAUGUGUUUUUAGGUAGGAAAUGUCAGUGUGUCACCUUCACAUGCAGCCAUAGCUAAUGUGACGCUAAUUUGCUGACAUUCUGCAUGACAGCACAGCACACAAGGACACUUGCUGAUAUCUCCUCUCCCCUGCAGUGGUCCAGGAUAUUUAAACAAUUCGGCGAACAACAGCUAAAAUGGAACAUUCCCAAAAGUCUUUGCAUUGCCUUGGACAGCAACAUUCCAAAGUUACUACUGCUUCAUCUCUUUUUAUUCUUUCCUUGGUCUUGAAUUCCCUUUAUAGCAGCAUUCAAUGAAAUGCAUCAAACAGGAAAUGUCAUCAGGUUACUAUAAGAGCUUAUGCAAGGGAUUUCUCUUCUUCUGUGUCUUUUAGAGCCAUUUCUCAAUCAAGAAAGGAGCAGCAGCCCUUGGCAUUGGGACAGAGAGUGUCAUCUGCAUCAAAGCUGAUGAGAGGUACUGUAGUAUUGUAACUAUACAGCAGAUGCAGAAUAAAACAGAACAUGUCAUAUAAUGGCAAAAGCAUUCAAGCAAUGAAAUCCUGUUUUUUCCUUCGCAGUGGUAAAAUGAUACCAGCUGACCUUGAAAGGAAAAUACUGGAAGCCAAGCAGAAGGUAAUUUCAUACACAUAUGACACGUCCAUCCAUAUCUCUGUUAAAGAGCAAUGGCUAUUAAGUCCGUUUUUAUUUUUAUUUUGUACACCCAUAUGGAAAUUUACCACAAUGAUGAUCAGGAAUGUGUCUAUUAUCUAGAAUAUAUAUAAUCUGUAAUGUCAUGUGUAUAAUGGGAAAUAUUAAUAAUGUUGGUAUGUGAUACUGUACAUGCAAAGGAUUUAUUUUCAUGUUGUAUAUUUAGGGCUUUGUGCCAUUCUUUGUGAGUGCGACGGCUGGCACCACGGUCUACGGAGCCUUUGACCCCCUCAUUGCCAUCUCAGAUAUCUGUAAGAAGUACCAAGUCUGGUUUCACGUGGAUGUGAGUGGAAACACUUGUACUUUAUCUCAUUUUUUACUGGUAUACAGAGCAAGACUCCUGUUAUGGUGGCCAAUUACAGGACAUUACCUUAAGUUACACUAUACAAGUGGCUAUUACACACUCAAGUUACUUUAGGUGAAUAUCUUUGUUAUUACCUUAUUAGAUGGUAAAUCCAUAGCAUUUAGCUCUGGGUGUUUCAGGGACAGGGGCAUAGAGAGCUCACCAGCCAGAGUUUGAUUCAUGUAAUAUAUCUGAAUCCCCUCUGCUGCUUUCAGCUGACCUAGAUAGGAGCCAGCCACUCAGUCAGUUUCCUCUGUAACACUGGAGAUUAAGGAAACUGGAGCAGGUGCUGUAAAUCAUCCUUUCCCCUGACUUCCCCAUCAUGGCCUCUCUCACCGAAGGACUCUGUCUAAUGGAGGUGAUUGAGGCAUGACAUACGGACACCUCUAUUAAGACCAAGAAAGGAGAUCCAUCAAUGUCAAACUGCAGACAUGCCAGAUUUGUUUAGGGCCUUUUUACGUUGAAUUAUUGUAUUCUCGAACAUAGAACUGUGAGGGUGCUCUCUUUCCACCAAAUAUGAAAUAGAGAAGAGUCAUCAGUAUUUGUAGGAAAUUGUCAGCGGGCUCACUCCGUGAAUAUGAACUGUAUGUUGUUGCAUAUGGCUGGUUGAGUUCAGACAUGCUGUGGUGCAAUGGGGCUCUUCAUGUUGAGACUCAGUCACACGCUCUGAAGUGUUCUGUAGUUUGGUAAUCUCACUGUCUCUCUCUCUCCUCAGGGUGCGUGGGGAGGCAGUCUCAUCAUGUCCAGGACACACAGGUGGAAGCUAGAUGGAGUUGAGAGGUCAGUACUGAAAUGUACUGAAAUUAAUGUAGUGAAAUGUUCUGUUAUGAAUUUCCUUUGAAUUGUUUGAUUUCAUUUAAAUCAAUAUUCCGAAAAAGUACCCAUUGUUGUUGUCAUUCAUUCACAGGGCCAAUUCAGUGACAUGGAACCCUCACAAGAUGAUGGCAGUCCCACUGCAGUGCUCAGCCCUGCUGGUCCGGGAGGAGGUAAGGGGUCAAAGGGGAGAGGUCAAAAAUAGUGCCUUUACAUAUCAUUCAUCACAAUGUCUUCUUUCGUUACAUUUCAGAAUAAGAGGCCUAUGUUCCUACAUGACUAAGGUCAUUGCUAAGAUACACAUCCAUCUGUAAUGACCUUGUGGCUAAUGAGAUUACAGGAUAUGUAUUAACUAGCUAUUGUCACUGUUGUAUAAUCUAAAGUGUAUCUUUUCUCUUCUCCAGGGCCUGAUGCAAAACUGCAACCAGAUGCACGCCUGCUACCUAUUCCAGCAGGACAAGCACUACGACCUGUCUUACGACACAGGGGACAAGGCCCUGCAGUGUGGGCGUCAUGUGGACAUCUUCAAGCUCUGGCUCAUGUGGAGAGCUAAGGUGGGAAGAGCACUGAUUACAAAUGUGGUUAUCUUUCGGUCAUUUCGUUCGAUACAGAUCCCCUAUGGGGAUUUUCAUCAUGCCUUGUUUUAGAUAACAUUUAUGUUGAUAUGUUUUGUAUUUUUUAAAUGUUAUAGUUCUCUUUGCCAGGGAAUAUCUCAUGUAUAUUUCAAAAUAGAUAUUCCAUAAGCCUUUUACAGCCUAAUACAAUUUGCAGUGUAUUGCUUUUCUGAUUGCAUUGUUGACGUCUGUGUGACUACAUUGUGUGCAGUAUGAAUUAAAAACCUUUAGUAGCCUUCUGUUUCUUCAGUCAACAAAUGGUCCUGUUGAGUAUAAUAUAGUGAGAGAGCUUUGUGAUGCUGGACAUCCCAGCCAAACAGAUUCCCCCUGACAAUGUGGCUGGGAUGUAAAGCCAGUCCUGGUCUGCAGUUUGACCCCUGCAGCUUGACAGUUGAGGACUAGUGGGGUAAUUGCUUAUCACAGUGCUACAAUGGGAACUGACAGGGAGGGAUGUGUGGAGGGAGUUGUUUUUGCUAGUGUUGCAUUUGGACUGUGGGUUUUAGUGUACCAAGUGUCUUCUCUAAUUUGGUGGAGACAUUUAUGAAACAUUCUUGGAAAAUGUCAAUCACUACAGGAAAACAGCGUUCGUGUUUAUGCUAUCAGUUAUUGGGGAGGAAAAAUAUGAGCUAUUGUUAGUAUGAUUUUAAAAUAAGCUUUUCUCUCCUCUCUCUUUUCACCUUUGUUGUUACCUUUACCAUGUUGUUGACAGCGUUUUCCUCUUCACCGAUAGGGCACCAUCGGGUUCGAGGCUCAGAUUGACAAGUGUCUGGAGCUUUCGGAGUACCUGUACAACAAGAUCAAGGACAGGGAAGGAUAUGAGAUGGUCUUCAAUGGAAAGGUAUGUUCAUAUUAAAUGUUUUGUAUGGUUAGACACUGAACGACAUGAAUGAUAAGACAAAAUCAUAUGGUCAGAGAUAAGAAAUUAGGCUACAUUAUACCUAAAUAUUCUCUCCAUUGAGUUGAUGUGCUGGGCUACUGUAUAUUGCAUCUGAUAUGACAGUAACUUUUAUGUAAUUGACAGUACACUUGAUUGACAGGUUGUAUGCAGUUGCUUUGUGCAUGAUGAAAUGCCUUGGCUGUCGGGAUAAUAUGCUGCUGUUAUGUUUAAUGGCUGUUGUAUUUGAGUUGUACUGUAACUACUCAACGCUCAUAUCCAUAUGAAUAGCUGUCUUUCUUAAAUGUUCCUUACUAAGCAUAAAAGCAACACCAAAUAUACUGUACAUUUAUGUGAUGAGGUUGUGAAUGGCUAAAAUCAAAUUGGAAUGUAUUUUAUACUACAGAGCAUGGUUCACCAACCAUGUUCCUGGAGAGCUACCAUCCUGUAGGUUCACUCCAACCCUAAUCUAGCACACCUGAUUCUAAUAAUUAGCUGGUUGAUUAGCUGAAUCAGGUUCGUUAGAAAAGGGGUUCGAGCGAAAACCUAUAGGAACAGGGUUGGAGAGCCAUGCUAUAGAGCCCUCAAAACUGAACUCUGGACCUCGAAGCCAGUUCCACUGUGUUUGUUUUAUCAUUGUUCCCCUCUAAUGACGGACUGAUUUAGACCUGGGACACCAAGUGGGUGCAAUUAAUUAUCAGGUAGAACAGAAAACCAGCAGGCUCCGGACCUCAUAGUGUAAGAGUUGAAUACCCCUGCAGUAGAGUAUGGACAUCCUGGCAUUUAAAUGAAAUUUAUUUAGCUAUGCUUAUAAUUACAGCCAUAUAAAAGACAGAGACCAUUAUAACACAAUAGACUGACAGGCAGGAAUAGUCCAAAUCCCCUGGGCAUUGGUCCAGGUGUUAACUUGGCUUGGUGGCCCAGAAAACCAUAGCACCACAUCAGUGCGGCUGUGACUCAACACUCACGCUAAAUAAAUGAGUCUGGUAUGCAUGGUCAGUCAGCCAUUUGUAAUGAAUGCUUUUCACCAGUGAGCAGGCAGGUUUUUUUCUCCCAUCACAUCUGGUACUAGGAGAUAGAGAUGUGAGACACAGACAUAGCUAGAGGGCUAUGAAUGAGAGCCACUCUACCUGCUUACUAUUCAGACCCCCGCCACCGCCACCCGACACAGCAGAACUCACAGCAGAGUUCUUUUGUCAGGGUAUGAAUUACUCUUUUCAGUAUACACAGCGCUGGCUUGAUAAAUUGACAGCCAUGAUUGCUUUGAAAGAUUUCUAUUUUGUAGAACCUGAGUGGAUUCCAAUAAUCUAUGGUUUCUCUAAUGGAUUUUUCGCCUGUCUUUCCAGCUCCUCAGUUUGACGUGUGCACCUGUGUGUGUGUGUACUUACAUGUGUAAAGCAUAAUAAUUGACUGAUUAAUAAUUUCAUCUUCCCAUUUUGCACUGUCCCAGCCUCAACACACCAACGUGUGUUUCUGGUACCUCCCUCCUGGUGUACGCUACCUGGAGGACAAAGAGGAGAAAAAGAAGCGCCUGCACAAGGUGAGCAGUAGGAGAUAAAGGACUAGUACGAUCCUUAUUGUCAGAGCCUCAAACGCCUCCAUCUCACUACACUCAGUUUGUCCACAUCAUGUCUCCUUCACCUGAAAAAAAAGGCAGUCCUCUGAUGUAAUUUGUAGAAAGGUCCCUAUGCCUAAAAAUGGAAGGAGUUUGGAAAAUCAUUAAGCAUGCAAAUAGAGUUCAUUUACUCAACCUCGAUUGCACAAUUUGAAUGAGAGAAUCUCAAAUGACAGACAUGUUUCCAUGGACUGUGUGAGUAGGAGGGAGGGAGUGAAUAUGGGGGGAUGGGCUAUUGUUCAUGAGUUCAAUCAUUGGCCGUGGGUUGAUACUGUGGCAGCCACUCAGCAGCAGAGGUCCUCUAAUCGGCAAUUAGGAAAAACAGAUGAUGUGCCAGCCAUACAAAGAGACUCUCUCUCUCUCUCUCUCUCUCUCUCUCUCUCUCUCUCUCUCUCUCUCUCUCUCUCAGUCUCUCUCAGUCUCAGUCUCUCUCUCUCUCUCUCUCUCUCUCUCUCUCUCUCUCUCUCUCUCUCUCUCUCUCUCUCUCUCACACACACACACACACACAGGGCUCUAUUAAAUCUGAUAUAGAUCCGACAUCCGCAUAAUGGUUGUUUUGGCGGUGUCAGAGGUGGAACUGAGUUAGAGCUGUCAAAUCCUCAAGUGCCUCCCGGCAUUAUACCUAAAGCGGACAUUGCCAUUGGCUGCAGGGAGUCACAUUAACAGAAAUCCCAUGCAGCCUUGUUUACAAGUUCAAACACUAGGAUGAUAGAAAUUCUCAUUAAUUUAUUUAAUGACUUUUCAAUGUAACGUAAUUAUUUCUAUAUAGCCUUCACUUUCUCGCUCUGAACUUCUAAAGUGAGUGGGGCGGGUGUGGCUUUGUGACAAUGAUCGCAAGAGCAGCUGCUCAUUGGUUUGAAGGCGCCAAUGCAGUUCCACCUCUGACACCGCCAAAACAUGCGCUAUGCGGUGUCUGUUAAUGCCGGUUAACGCUUGGUCUGAUUGAAUCUAGGCCAUUGUCUCAUACACACAUGUAUGAUACCAUUCUUAUUUUUCCAAACAUUAAAUAGUGUGGACAUGCUCUAUCUGUUAUGGGUGUAGAUGUUUAGCAGGAGUGAUAUUCUGGGUUUUCUGCAGACACUGAAGUGAUUGUCAUAAUGAUGACCAUUUAGCACAAUUAGGGACUGUGCUGGAAGACAUGAUAUUCUGAAUCCAUUUUAACUUGCUAUUUUUCAACCACCAGUGUUUUCAACAGUGCUUUGGACACAACAUAAUUUGCCAAAGGACUGAUUCAAGUGAGGCACAAUUCAGAGUUGAUUAUUUAUUAUUAUUUGCAGGGUUGCCAAUUACAACAGGACACCUGCAACAGAUUUGUGCGGAAUGACUGUAAUAAUAAUAAUAAUAUUACAUUUGUAGAGCGCAUUUUUCCACGCUCAAUGCGCAUAAGGUAGAAAGCAAAAACAAAAACAAAAAACAGCAUCAAUACAUCAGUAAGUAGAGACAAUAACCACAAUACAUCAAAACAUGACCUACUGUUUCAAAAUAUAGACUUGAAGCAAAUUAAGCGAUCAAACAUUAAAAGCUAACUAGCAUUUUGCAUGAUCAUGAUGAUGUGGCUGGUGAAAACUCGACUGCUGACAUGCAAAACCAUUUUGGGACUGUAUCAACAGUGGACUAACAAAUACCAAAAUAUUUUUGAGUGGAUUUUCCCUUUUAAGGUAAUAUCCAUCUUCUUUAUUAAGCCUAAACUUGCGGAAGUUUCCAAAGUUCUGUUUGCCUUAUGUAACUUAAUGCCCCUAGAUAUAUUCUAAGUCUAGAGAAGAUUACUGUCGACCUGCAUGUGAUUUGAAUCUGUAAAGCACUGCUAUCUGUAAAGCUCUAAACUGAAAAGUUGAGCUUCUGAAACUGUCACUUAGCAUUACCUCUUAGUAGUACCUCCUUGCCCCUUUAAGCCAAAUGUGAAUUACAAAAAUACUGUACACCCAAAUAAAAUAGCUUUUUUGUCAUUUGUAUUUCUCUUCAGCACUUUGUAUUAAUACUUAAUACUUUGUAUAACUCUUAAUACUUUGUAUUAAUGCUGAAAAUCUUUGCAUGGAUAGAAUGCGUCUACUCCAUAUGACACCUACAGGUGUAGGAUCUUAAUUUGAUCACCCUUUUAUUGCUGAGAUCUUUCCUGCACCGCAGGAAAUGCAGAGGAGCUUCAUGAUUUACAUACAUUCACUGAAAACCCGCACUAACACAUGGUUAUAUUUACAGUAUUCCACUUUUCAUGUAGCCUCAUUUUGACCAGCUAAUAACCUAACCACCGAUCAAGCAACAUUAUGGACUAAACCAGGCGUCUCCAACAGUAGCUCGCAGACCACCUGUGAGUAGCUCGCCAAACAAUUCUGAAAGUACAUGCAAUUUUCACGUUCCACCGCAAACUGUCAUAAAGAAAUCUCACAAGUAUCAGACACCGCAAGCUCCCAGCUAAUAUCUAACCAACGCAACAUUGACAUUUAUCCCACCCCUGGUUAGCCACUAUUGGCUUAACAAGCCAAACCUAACACAAUAUCUGCCAAUUAAAUUCCAGCAAUAUUGCCCCUUUCUGUCUGUGUGGUGCGAGCAUUUGUCUAUUACUCCAUGUGUAGCCAGUAGUGACGGGUCUUUCGCGAAUGAAUGGCUCUUUUGGUGAACGUCGGGAACCGAAUCACAUAUGUGAAAGAGCCGUUCAUUUGGCUCCCUGAUUUGCAUACUUUUACUAUUGUUUUUUGAGCUCCAGACAUAAAUGAUCUGCAGGUAAGUCUUCAUUUUUUUAUUGCAGGCCAUCUAAUAAUUUGGUCAGGUAAAAAUAUAUUUCAACUCACAUUUCAUGAUCUGACAUAAUGGUAGGCAAAGUUUUAGGCUUUAAAGUAUGGUUUUAUGUCAAUUUCUAAGCAUUACUGAUCGAAGAUCUACAAUUUUAGGUGAACAGAACCAAAUGAUCCAGCUCACAGAAAAGACUCAGAAUGCCUAUCACUAGUAGCCAGUUGAUGUGCUAACCGUCUUGUGGGUUGACAGAAAUACUUUCUGCAAAACCUUCUCAAUUAAACGUUAACUGCAACGUAUGCUUACUUGGCAGAAGUAUAUCAUGAGUAAGUAUAUCAUUUGUAUUGAUUAUUUGUUAUUUGCCAACUUUGCCAUGAAAUUAGCAGCAGCAGUACAGAACCAUCGCUAGACCGGCACAUUAGAUGGCACACUAGACGCACAAUUAAAGGGCUAGAUGCGCAGUUAAAGGGGAAUUACACUCAAAAAUCGAAAUAUGUGAGUUCUCUUCCAGACCCCCCCCAAAAAGGUAUUCUGAUGUGAUUUAAGUAAUUGACAUAGACUCAGAACAUCCAAUUUCCUUGUUUCUCUAUGAACAAUUGUAAUUUUGAGAGUGAACCAGGAAAAAGAAAACUGAGAAAACAGAAUUUGGGAAAACAGAAUUUGGGAAAAACAGAAUUUUGGAAAACAGAAUUUUGGAAAACAGAAUUUUGGAAAUGAAUCUCUGAUUUUAUAGGGCCCACAUUACAUGUUUUUUUAUUAACCAUUAUUUUACCAUGUAUAUUGACAGAAAACAUAGUGCACUAAGAGGAAGAGUUGCAGGGGAGAGGAGAAGAGAAGAAUGUGACUAUUUGAAAGCUAUAAAAUGAGUAGCUCGCGAAUUUGUUUUAUAGUAGCUCUCAUGCUAGAAAAGGUUGGAGACCCCUGGACUAAACAUUGAAAUGCUGUUGCUGCAGGAUAAUAUUUUCUCCGACAAUACAGGUCAAAUUAAGAUCCUACAUCUGUAAUUGUGCAUUAUAGACAAUCCUGCAUGUCUUCCAGCUCAUUACUUUGCCUCUCCACUUGACAAGGCAUUCAGCUCUGGCAUAGGCUUUAGCUACAGCUAACAAUUGGCACAUUUCAUUCAAGCAGGAAGAUAAAAAAGAUAAGUGCAUGCAGCUGAUAUUUUAGAGUUGGAAAAUAAGCCUUUUAAAGGUGUUGAUGAUUAUUUAAGGGCUAUAUGUGUUAUGAUUAAUACAACUGGAAAUAGGCAGACACAAUAAGUUGAAUUUUAACAAACGGUCAAAAUACUCAUCAAUAAAUGAAGGAAAAACUAAUGCAGACAAAAUAUCUGCACUAGUUUUGUGAAGUUAUGGUCCCCUGUAGCUCAGUUGGUAGAGCAUGGUGCUCGCAACGCCAGGGUUGUGGGUUCCUUUCCCACGGGGGGCCAGUAUGAAAAAUGUAUGCACUCACUAACUGUAAGUCACUCUGGAUAAGAGCUUCUGCUAAAAUGUAAGAAAUAUUUUUCCCCAAAAAUAAUAAUAAUACUUUUUUAUUUUUUAGGGGGUGCUGCAGCACCCUCAGCACUCGAAAUUCCCACUCUCACUAUAUCCUCCAGAACUCGUAAUUGAAUCUGCCUCUGCACAUCAGAGAAAGUAAUCCACAAAGCCAGACAGACUGGACUGAACAACAAAUAAAUGACUUUCACCAAGUUUUAUUGCAAGAUAGCCUCUCAACAUCACAGUGUCUGCUGAACUCUUGUGAACCUUUUUGGUGUUAGAUUUACUUGUCACCCCAGCUGUCUGUAGCUGUCUUUUCGGCCUGUCCACCGAGUGAAUGUAAUUUGUGCAUCUGUAGAUACUGUAGCUUGACUGCAGGGAUGUGUCGCAGUUUGAUAAAGUGAACGGCAUUCAGGUGGAAUGAACAUCAGAUUGUGGUAAAAAAAAAAACUACAUGGAAAUGAUGUUAUCCACAUUUUAUUUAAGAUAUUUUGAAAACUGAAGGUUUCCUUUCGAAGGGAAUAAAACGUUGAUUCAUGUCCAUUUGUUUGUCAAAGGCAAUUGACAUUUUUAAAUAAAUAAAUUAGAUUUUGUUUUACAAUAGUAUUUCCUCAUAAUAGUUGAAAAGCACUUAACACUUUUACUUUGUAACACAACAAUUGUAUGUGUCUUGUUGUGUAGGUGGCUCCAGUGAUCAAGGCCAGGAUGAUGGAGUAUGGGACAACCAUGGUCAGCUACCAACCACAGGGGGACAAGGUCAACUUCUUCCGCAUGGUCAUCUCCAACCCUGCGGCCACCUUCGAGGACAUCGACUUUCUUAUCGAGGAAAUCGAGCGGCUCGGUCAGGAUCUAUAA